GCCGCAGCCCCGGCCGUCCUCCCUCUCUCCGGUUCGCGGGAAGCGGGCUGGGCGGCUGAGCACAAGCACCGAGCAGCUGCCUGCGGGUGAAGGUCACGUGCCUCAUCCCGGGGAGGAGGCGACCUGCCGCUGUCGAAGAGGAGCCGCCUUCCUUAACCUGAAAGCGGGGGCCGCAGAGCGCGCCGAGAACAGUUGUUGCUGACUUGGUGGUUUAGGUGCGUAUCCCUGCGCUCGAGGCUGAAGCAAGAAGAUCAGGAGUUCAAGUCUAUCUGGACUUCUUAGCGAGUUCACAGGGAGCACCUUGAUAGUGAAUUUCUAAGAAGAAAAUAAUGAAUUGCAUAGUGGUUGUCCUUUAAGGGUUGGAGUCAAUGGUGUACAGGUUUGUUGCCAAGGCCAAAGAAGAUGGCAACCCCUUAUGUCCCAGUUCCCAUGCCAAUAGGAAACUCAGCUUCUGGUUUUACAGCCAGCAGAAAUCAACGGAGUUCUUCUUUUGGUAGUGGCUCCACAAGCUCAAACUCUUCCAGAGGCCAAUUAGAAGACCCAAAUAUGGGUAAUUUUAAGCAGACGAAUGUUCAGGAUCGGAUGGAUAGUACAUCUUCAGUCUGUGGCAGUCCUCUCAUCAGGACCAAAUUUACAGGCGUAGAUUCAUCCAUUGAAUACUCUGCUAGACCCAGAGACACUGAAGAGCAGCAUGCUGACUCAGUGAACUGGGAAGAGAGACCUUCUACACCGACCAUUCUGGGUUAUGAAGUUAUGGAAGAGCGAGCCAAGUUUACUGUAUAUAAAAUACUAGUAAAGAAAACCCCAGAAGAAAGCUGGGUGGUUUUCAGAAGAUACACUGACUUCUCUAGGCUGAAUGACAAAUUGAAAGAGAUGUUUCCAGGCUUUCGAUUAGCACUUCCUCCAAAGCGCUGGUUUAAAGAUAAUUACAAUGCGGACUUUUUAGAAGAUAGACAAUUAGGAUUGCAAGCAUUUCUUCAAAACUUAGUAGCUCACAAGGACAUUGCUAACUGCCUUGCAGUGAGAGAAUUUCUUUGUCUGGAUGAUCCACCAGGCCCAUUUGAUAGCCUAGAAGAAAGCAGGGCAUUCUGUGAGACUUUAGAAGAGACAAACUACCAUUUACAGAGAGAACUACUGGAGAAGCAAAAGGAGGUGGAGUCCCUGAGGAAACUGCUCGGGGAGAAGCAGCUUCACAUAGACACUUUAGAGAGCAGAAUGAGAACAUUGUCCUUAGAACCUGAAGCAUCGCUGUAUGUGUCAGGAGCAGAAGGUCGGCAGAUCCUAAGGGUGGAAUCCUCCGUACUUCAAGUCAGUCGGGAUGUCUUGGAUGAAGACUCUAGAGCUAAUAAUAAGCCACACUUCAACCCUAGAGAAACCAGAAGUGCGGUCGCAGACAUAGAGGUCGCACAGUUGGCGUACAGUGUUGAAGAUGACUAACACUGGUGACGGGGCUCUCCAUCUCAGCAGCAGAAGACUGAGCAGAAGAGAGCAGGAGUGCACGUGUAUAAAGUUUACAUAAAGUUCCUUUUUUAAGUUAUUGGAAUAAGAACUAUAUUCAUGGCUGCUUUUAACUGUCUUUUCCAACAUUGUAUUUACUACACUGAAAAAAACUAUUUAGAAUUGUUAUCAGGGCCCAUAUUCUUAAAUACUUCACAUAAAUUAUUACAGUGUCUUGCCUGUAUAUUGCUCCAAGCUCUACUGUGUGUGUGUUUGUGUGUGUUAUAUGUACUUGUCUUAAAUCACCAGUUAUAUUAGGUGAAAACUAAUUGCAUGUUAGAAUCUGGGUAAUGUUUCUAUCUUGGACAUGAUAUAGGUUUAAAUCAGUGGACACCAUAGGGAAGAUAAAGAUGAAUCAGUUUGAAAUGUUGCCUUGUCUAUCAUCUCUAAAUAAAAAUUGCUUACUUGAAAUGUUAAUACUAUUUUAAAAAAAAAGAUGACUUUCUAAAGCCAAAGAUAAUGUGUCUUGAAGAUCUGUAAUUAGAUAAGCAAAAUGAUAAAAUAGCCUUGAUUUAAAUGAUGAUUAAUUAAUGUCAAGAUACUUACUAUAAGUGUCCCGAUUUAUUAAUAUCUUAUACUUGGAUAUUUUCUGCAUAAUCCAACUCAAUUCUCUACCCAUUGGUCCAGUGGAGUUUGCCUCAUUCGGAACACUACCUCUUUGUACUAAUCAAAACAUAUUCUUUUCAAAAUAGAUUACAGUUUUGAGGCAAGUGAGUUACAGAAAAAGAAAACAAAAUAAAUAACCAUAUAUACUGCAAACUCCCCAAGUAGCUUGACUCCUGGUGUCCCAUCUGUAUUUCUUUGUGUGUGAAGAUGUUAUGCUCUAUGAUGGCUGAUUUCAUUUAUAAUGUAUUUAGCCAACUGAUGCACUUUAUGAUCAUUAAACUCUUUUGUGCCAA